GUUUUCAUAUCGCGGCCACACACGAAGAAUAAAGGAUGGAUAAUUAUAUCAAAAGGCAUAUGAAAGAAAACGACGAUUUUUUCAGGAAUACGUUAGAGCGGAUUUUUGAAAAGUAUUCCAGAGUUGAUGGCUCGGGAGUGUUAGUGUGUUUGCAGUCCAUGACUUGCCGUACGGAAGAAGGCAUCCGACCUUGGAAUGGAGAAGAGGUUGAAAGACAGAUGAGGUCACUGAAGACCAUUGCAGAUUCCUCAGGAAUUCCAGCCAGAGGAUGUGACAUCAGUGGAGAUAUUCAACUGGAUGACUCGCAGACCUGCAGCGACGGCACUUCGGUUUUUCUGUGGAAUCAGAGACUGUGUCCUGUAAGAGCUUCAAUCAGCUCACUGCUUACAGCGGUAUCUCUGGCGUGGGAGUCUGGCCCAGACGGGAGUGCAGUGCAGUCCUCCAGCCUGCAGGGGGCAGUGCAGCCGGAGCAGCAGGACGAGGAGCUGGAGCGCACGCUGAGCAGCCGGGGCAGCCUCCUGGACCUGUAUCCCAGCAUGCUCUGCAGGGUGGGCGGGGCCUGGCGCAGGCAGGCAGUGACGGAGGCAGCCAAUGCUGUGCUGCGCAGAUAUGGCAGACGGGGCUGGCCCCCCAGUCACGCCCCCAAACCAGCUCACAAGCCGUGGAGGCGGGGCCUUCAGGCAGGAGGGGCGGGGCCAGGUCCCGUGGUGACGGACAGUGGCAGCUCCCCGGAGGAGCUCUCUCUCCUGUCUCGCACCUUCACAGUGAGCAGUGACCCACCCUCCUCCCGCUGUGCCUUCCCCAGCCCCCACCCCCUCCCUGCUCCCCUGCUCCUCCCCUCCAGAUCCUCCCCACAGAACCGCCUGUCUCCUCGACCGGCCUAUCUCCCUCAUGCCCCGCCCCCUUGCCCCAGAGGCCGCCUCUCCCUGUCGCUAGCCCCUCCCAGUGGGAGAGGGGCCCCAGUCAGUCUCCGCCCCCCUGCAGUGAGCAGUGUCUGCGCCGGCGGUCCUUCUCGGGAUUCCCGGCAUUCCGGGCGUUCCCGGCCUCACGCUCCCAGGUGGAUGAGCAGUUUGAGGAGCUGUACCAGCGCUAUGUGUGCCAGCCCAAACCUGGCUGGUCUCUCCCGAGCCUCUCCUCCCCGCUCCCCCGUGCCCUGGCUGCUCUCGCCCUGUCCCCUCUCUCCCCUCGGGUUCGCAAGCGGGGCCGGGCGCCAGAGCCCAACACCCCCAAGCUACAGGAGCUGUCCAUAGGCCUACAGCUUCCAUGAGCCCCUACAGGCCUGUGGGAGCUGCCCACACGUCUACGGGAGCUGCCCACAGGACUACGGGAGCUGUCCACAGGACUACAGGAGCUGUCCAUAGGCCUACAGCUUCCAUGAGCCCCUACAGGCCUGUGGGAGCUGCCCACACGUCUACGGGAGCUGCCCACAGGACUACGGGAGCUGUCCAUGUGCGUGCAUGCAUUCACGUGAUCAAUCAUUCAGUCAAUAAAGAACAUCCAAAACAUUAACCUCAUUGGAUUUGUUGUUGUAAAAGGGAGGUGGUACCCGCAAAGUCACUUGAGUUGAAAUUGGCGUUUUGUCAAAUUUGGAACUUCAUAUCUUUGUCAUUAAAGCAGGGGAAGCCAUGAAGGAAUAUUUACUCUGUCUAUAUUCAGAUUAUAAACUGAUUUUCAUAGGACUGCUCAGAUCAAAAGUUAUGGUCAGUUAUGGAUCAGAUGGCUACCAUGCUGAAUUGGCAAUUCAAUUAAUAGUGCCAUUAUUUAUCAAAUUCACAACUGAAAUAAAAAACUACAACCAUUCCACCGCACAA